AUGCAACGUUUUGACGAUCGAAUGCCAAUGAAUUCGAUCUCGUAUUCUAUGAUUCAAACCGAGAGAAGUCCAGAGUACUCAGAUGAUUCAUGCACUUGUGGUCACGAUGAAAUGGCAUUCGGAGAUGGAUUGAGUUAUAGUAAAAGAGUUGUGAACCACAAACAUUUCUUGCAAAACUUUUCAAAAGUUGAAAGUAAUUUCAAUUACGGCACUGCUACUGAACAUGAACUGAAUGCUCCGUAUCCAAAACAAGUCGCUGAUCGUUACGAAGCAGAAUAUGAUUACUGUAUGAGAUGGGCAUGUGAUUACAAGUAUGUUGCCGCAAGAGUUAUUCCCUUCCAAUCCAAUUUUUACUCUGUUGUUCGAUUGAUGUUUCAUGGAAAAAGCUGGGCUCUGGAUUGUGCAAACUUCGAUGGACAAUACGAUUACUGUGGAUGGUUGCCCAGUGUCUCCGGGCCUCAGAAUCUGAAAAAAUCGGUCUUGACUGACUCUUCUGAAUUGUCACAUCUUCGUGUGGAAGCAGGAAGAACUCUUCAAUCUUCAGAUACAGGAUACGGACUUCAGUCUCUCAAAACUGAUUACUCAGAGUGUUCCGGACUGACAAAAGAUCCUAUUGAUUCGGAUGUUUACAAUGUGAUGGGUACAGUUUCCAAAUGUGAAGAGAUUCCAAUUAAACAGAGUCUUCAUUCCACUUUCGAAAAUCUUUCUCCAAUUCUCAAAAACGAAAUGGCUCAUCCAUCUGAAAGUAUCAUUUCAACUGGUUCCAGUUUGAAAGAAGUUUUUCACGAUCUUGUUGAACUCGACCACAUUUUCGAUCAACAGGUCCAAGAGGCUCAAACUCAACAAAGCUCACUUGAAGACUAUGUUAAUUGUCUCACUACUGCUCACUCAUUCUCGGAUCUUUCUCUCCAUUCAAAUUACGUAGUGAUCGAUCAUGUUGCUCCAAAGACUCAAACAAUGCUCUCUCAAUUGAUUUGUUUGACUGGAAAGAAAUUCUCAGUUGCCUUUUGGAAGAAUUGGUCAAAGUCCAAGAAUUAG